AUGGAGAAGGCCCGCAGCAUGUUGCAAAACAAGAGCGUCUCGACGGAAUGGUGGGUGGAAGCGGUAAACACAGCGGUCUAUUUAAUUAGUCGUUCCAGCAAUACGGCCCAUCCAGACACCACACCCUACGAGCUGGCUUUCAAGACGAAGCCUCAAAUGAAUCACUUGCGCGUGUUUGGCUCGCACGGCUAUACCCAAGAGCCCAAGAGCUUCAAGUGUACGUUUCUCGGCUAUGCAGAGAAUGUCAAGGGCUAUCGCGUGUUUGGCUUGGUCAAAGUGACUCGCUCUGUGAAGUUGGAUGAGCUUGAGGUAAGCGGCAUUUACGACACGCGAGAGGUCAAGCCGAUACGAAUUAUUCAAGUAAUGAAGGAUGGUGAUGAAGGCAAGGUUCAGCAUCAAGUGGAUCGACAGCCAGUUCUGAACAAUCAAAUGGAAGCUGUCGAAGAAAACUAG